GAAAGCUUAGUGAAUUCUUACUGAGCUACGAUUUGAAGACCACUGAUCCAUUCCACCCCCACCGAGCCUUUUUCAUCUGGCAAACCGUCAGUGCGCGGAUGAAACGCGGUCUAGAUAGUCGGCAUCGAGAAGGCGCGCAAGCAUCAUAAUCGUCAGUGUCUCUCUCGUGUAAGAGAACAAGAGAGUGCCAAAGUAAGGCGGAGGGUGUGCAGGGAAAACGAGUGUGAAGAAGAAAAAAGGGAGAAAAAGAGAGUGUAAGAAUUCCUCGGAAGAGAACUUGAGGAGAAGGUGUCGAUUUUCUGUUGCUGGCAGGAUGCGGUCACUGGCGAUCUUAGUCGGGCUUCUGCUGGUCGUCCGGCUAUCCAGGUGCGAGAUUCUGACGCCACCGUAUUUCAACUUGGCUGAGGGCAAGGAGAUUGUCGCUUCAGCCACAUGCGGCGUCGACACUACCGGUCCGGAGCUUUAUUGCAAACUCGUCGGCGCGAACGCGGAUCAGGACGAGGAUAUUAAUCUGAUCCAAGGACAGGUAUGCGAUUAUUGCGAUCCUGAUAACCCCGAAAAGAGGCAUCCACCCGAAUAUGCAGUCGAUGGAAUGGAGACUUGGUGGCAAUCACCGCCGUUGUCCAGAGGUAUGAAAUACAACGAGGUGAAUCUGACGAUCAACUUGGGGCAAGAAUUUCAUGUGGCAUAUGUUUAUGUACGAAUGGGUAACUCUCCCCGGCCGGGACUUUGGGUCCUGGAAAAGUCAAAAGACUACGGCAAAACCUGGUCACCCUGGCAAUACUUCUCAGAUUCCGCUAGCGACUGUCUCACGUACUUCGGUGUGGAUAGUCAUAAGCCGAUUAUUCGGGACGACAGUGUGAUCUGCACGACCGAAUUUUCGCAAGUGGUACCACUCGAAGGUGGCGAGAUUCCAAUCUCGAUCUUGAACAAUCGACCCUCAGCGAAACACUACUUCAAUUCAACUUUACUACAAGAAUGGACAAGGGCAACCAAUGUUCGCUUCCGCUUUCUCAGAACGAAAAAUCUAUUAGGUCAUCUAAUGUCUGUGGUUCGUCAAGAUCCCACUGUUACCAGAAGAUAUUUCUACUCGAUCAAAGAUAUCAGUAUCGGCGGCCGUUGCAUGUGUAACGGACACGCGGACACUUGCGACGUUCAAGACCCCAACAUGCCGAAGAAGCUGGUUUGUCAGUGUCAACAUAAUACCUGCGGACCUCAAUGCGCGAAAUGUUGCAAAGGUUUCGAGCAAAAGAAAUGGCGACAGUCCACAGCAUCCAAAAAAUUCAAGUGCGAGCCCUGCAACUGCUUUGGACACUCGGAUGAAUGUAUCUACGAUCCAGAGAUCGACGAAAAGCACUUGUCGUUGGACAUUUAUGGCAAUUAUGAAGGCGGCGGUAUCUGUCAGAAUUGCAAGGAUAAUACGGAAGGCAUCAACUGCAACCGCUGUAAGCCCAAGUUCUAUAGGCCACAAGACAAACCUCUGAACGCGACCGACGUAUGCCAACCAUGUGAUUGUGAUUACUUUUAUUCAACGGGAAACUGCGCGGACUCCAGCGGCAGGUGCGAGUGCCGGGAGGAAUUCACGCCACCGAACUGCGACUCCUGUAAUUACGGAUAUUUCGGCUAUCCUAACUGCAGACCCUGCGAGUGUCACUUGCCGGGAACCGACGGUUACCACUGCGAAGCGACAGACGGUUACUGUCCCUGCAAAAUAAACUACGCCGGUCACUACUGCAACCUCUGCGCGGAAGGAUACUACGACUUUCCUAAGUGCCUGCCAUGCAGCUGUAAUCCUCUUGGCGCCCUAAACGACUUAUGCGACGUGGUGUCCGGUAACUGCACGUGCAAGAACAAUUAUGGUGGUAGAACGUGCGACAUUUGCGAGAAUGGAUACUUCAAUUAUCCUCUCUGUACAUAUUGCAACUGUGAUCCUCGUGGAACCGAACCUGGCAUUUGCGACAAGCAAGACGGUGUUUGUCUGUGCAAAGAAGGAUAUGGCGGUAUUAGAUGCGACCUAUGCAUCUCUGGAUAUUACGGUUAUCCCAAUUGCAGACCAUGUAACUGCAGUGCUGUUGGCUCGUCCACUGUCAGCUGCGAUUCUGCGGGAAAAUGUUCGUGUCUCGCCAAUUUUGCCGGUAGGACUUGCGAUCAGUGCAGCCCAGGAUACUACAAAUAUCCAGAAUGCAUCCCAUGCAACUGCGACAGCCACGGUUCAAUCGGCGUAUCCUGUGACGGCGAAGGGAUGUGCCAAUGUCGGGAGAAUUUCGAUGGCACUCGAUGCGAGCAAUGCAAAGAGGGCUACUACAACUUCCCGACUUGCGAGGGUUGCAACUGCGAUCCGGCUGGUAUAGUCCCAACUUUCCAAGGUUGCGGUUCUCUGCCCCCUGGCGAACUCUGCCAAUGUAAGGAUCGAGUCGAAGGCAGAAUAUGCAAUCAAUGCAAGCCACUCUACUGGAAUUUACAAUCUUACAAUCUCGAUGGAUGUGAAAAGUGCCAAUGCAAUCCUUUCGGAGUCAUCGGCGGCAUCGGUGAAUGCGAUAUUAAGACUGGACAGUGCAUAUGCAAGCCUGGUGUAACUGAUAGAGAAUGCAGCCGAUGCGUUGACGGAACGUAUAAUCUUGAGGAGAGUAACGUCUUCGGUUGUUCUGACUGUGCUUGUGAUGUUGGCGGUUCUGUAAGCCCGAUAUGCGACAAACAAACCGGCCAGUGUCCUUGUCAGCCGCGAGUGACUGGUCUGACGUGCAAGGACCCUCUGAAGGCACAUUACUUCCCCACUCUUCACCAGUAUCAGUAUGAAGCCGAAGAUGGCAGAACACCAAGUGGAAGUCGCGUCCGCUACGGUUUCACAGAGGAUCUUUUCCCGGGCUACAGUUGGAAAGGUUACGCCGUGUUCUCUGCUUUGCAAGAUGAGAUUAUGUUGGGCGUCGAUAUCAGCAAAUCCUCGCUUUACCGGAUGGUCUUGCGCUACGUGAAUCCCAACAACGAAUCAAUCCUUGGUAUUAUUACCAUCACUCCGGACAAUCCAUCCGAAGUACAGCAACAAUUCAAAGUAAACUUCAAGCCAUCCAGUCGACCAUCCUUCCUAACAGUUGCCGGAAUCCACGGCAACCAGCCGUCGCCCAUGGUGAUGAAUCCCGGACAUUGGUCCAUUAACAUCGCCACGAAAAAGAGUCUGUUUCUCGAUUAUUUUGUUUUGUUGCCAUCCGAAUACUACGAAGGAACCAUACUAACGCAAGACGUGAAUAUGCCCUGCAAAAUCGGCUACAAAGGACUCUGCAGGCAUUAUGGUUACCCGAAUUUAACGCGAUUCGACUCUGUCCGCGGCGCAGGUGGCUUUAUCACCGAGAACAACCUUAGAAUCUCGUUGACCAAUCUCUUGACAGAUCACGAAGUUCUGCAGGAGAUCAAAGAGGACGAGAUACCGCUAAUUAACGAUCAACAGGAAGAGAUUCAUUUCGAGCUUAGGAUCAGUAAGCCCGGUCCUCAUGUUCUCGUGGUAACUUAUGUAACUCCAAGCGACGAGCAGACUACAUCGGUCCUACUGAUUGAGGCCGACACUAUCGGUAAGGGUAAAGCUAAUUUGAAUCCUUGUAGAUACACCAGCAUUUGUCAACAAGUCGUCACCGACACCUACGGCAAGGUAGCCGUGAUGAAUUUCGCGUCUAACUAUAUCAGUCUGGUACUGACUGGCGAUCCGACUUCAAACGUUGGUAUCAAUUCAAUAGUGGCUAUCCCCUACAAUCAGUGGUCGCUAGAUUACGUGAAGCCAAAGUCUAUUUGUGUAAGGAAGAACGGCAAAUGCGUGCAAGGACUGUUCCCUGACGCCGAUGCCAAGAAGAUCGAAUUCGAAACGUCCGGUGUACCCGAAUAUCGACCACUUGGUAUCUACGAUAACAUCACUAAGCUGAUUUAUUUGGGUGGCGACAGUAACAGCAUGGAUAUUCGUGCUAAAGUACCCCAACCGGGAGACUACAUUUUCGUGAUGCAGUACUAUCAACCGGAUCACCCUCAGUUCAAAUUGGAGAUGCUGGUACAGAACGGUAAAUUCUACGAGGCGGAGAUCCCGGUGCCGCAUUGUCCCAGCAAUAGCGGCUGCCGUAGCAUCGUUCGCCAGAUGGACGGUGGAGGUAUCACGUUCCAGCUGAUCGAGAACUUCGUGUUGACCUUGAAGCAGCCCGCCGAUAAUCGCAGCAUUUGGUUGGAUUACAUGCUAGUGAUUCCGGCAGAUCAAUAUAAUGAAAAGAUCCUCAGCAAGUUACGGUUCGACCAGACGAAGGAGUUCAUUAAGCGCUGCGGUAACAAUCAUUUUCAUAUCAACAUCACUGAGGACGGCUUCUGCCGCGAUUCCAGUUUCUCGUUGACUGCCAAUUACAAUAAUGGCGCGUUGCCCUGUAACUGCAUUAUCGAUGGUUCUACCAGCCUGGAGUGUGAAAAAUUCGGCGGCCAAUGUCCCUGUCGGCCGAACAUCAUCGGCCGACGCUGCGAGAUCUGCAAGACCGGUUUUUAUGGCUUUCCCCGAUGCAGACCUUGUAACUGUCCCGCUCUAUGCGAAUCGGACAGUGGUAGAUGUAUCUGUCCACCUCGAGUGACGGGACCACGAUGUGACCAAUGCAAAGUCGGUACUUACGGUUUCCAUCCCAUCAUUGGAUGCGAGGAGUGCAACUGCUCGCCUCUAGGUGUCUUAGAUGGUGAUCUGCAAUGUGAUUUACUCGAUGGCAGCUGCCGCUGCAAGAAAAACGUUGUGAGCCGUAAGUGCGACCGUUGCCGCGCCGGCUAUUCGCAGUUUCCACAUUGCGAGCGCUGCGACUGCGAUUUGCGCGGUACCACCAGCGACAUUUGCGACCAGUACACCGCGGAAUGCUUCUGCAAGACGAACGUGCAAGGUCUGGCGUGCGAUGUGUGCCGCGAGGGCACUUUUGACAUCCAGGCGUCGAAUGAGGAUGGUUGUACUAAAUGUUUCUGCUUCGGCAAGACUACCAGAUGUGCCUCUGCGAGCCUCUACUGGACUCACUUAAUGGACAUGGAGGAGUGGGAGCUAGUUUUGCCCAUCGACAAGAGCGGCAACUUCACCAUCUUGUCAACUUACCCCGAAUACGUGAACGCAACCACAACCACGGUCUCUCUCAUCACCAACGAUACCUUCGAGAAUAUAGUCUAUUUUUCGGCACCAGACACCUAUCUAAACAAAAAGUUGACUUCUUACGGCGGUUAUUUCAAUUAUACUAUUUACUACAGUACAGGACCUUUCGGAAAAGCUGUCGGCGCCGCCGAUAUAAUUCUUCAAGGCGCCAAUAUCACGCUGUUCUUUUAUUCCGAAGAGCAGCCACCGUCAUCCUUAAACUUCAGAGCGUCCGUUCGUCUUGUUGAAGCUAAUUUUCUCACUGCCAACAAGCUCAGCGCCACGAGAGAGCAAAUAAUGGUGGUUCUCGAAAAUCUAAGUGGAAUAUAUGUGCGCGCUACAUAUUGGAAUCCCAGCAUUACCGCCUCAUUAUCGUACGUGACUCUGGACGUCACAACGGAGCAAUACUCGACUCAAUACAGCGUCCGAGCUAGUAGCGUAGAACAGUGUCAGUGUCCACCUAAUUAUCAAGGCUUUUCAUGCGAAGAAUGCACUCCAGGUUAUUAUAGAGUAAAAUCGGGUCCAUAUGGCGGAUAUUGCGCGCCCUGUCAAUGCAAUAGCCACGCAAGUACGUGCGACGUGAACACCGGAAUCUGCCAAGAUUGCAAAAAUGGCACUACUGGUGACCACUGUGAGUUUUGUGAGCAAGGCUAUUACGGUAAUGCUACCAUAGGCACACCGACUGACUGUCUAAUCUGUGCGUGUCCACUGCCAUUUGUCUCCAAUAACUUCGCUACUGGCUGCGAAGUGAACGAUGAAGGAAACAAAAUCAGUUGUGACUGUCUGCCUGGGUAUUACGGGGCCCGCUGCGAGGCAUGCGCCGCUGGCUACUACGGCAAGCCUGAGGCGUACGGCGACUAUUGUAAACCGUGCGAAUGCUCCGGUAACAUCGACACCAAUCAAGUCGAUUCGUGCGAUUCCAUCACUGGUCAAUGUCUACAGUGUCUGAAUAACACCUACGGCGAGGCGUGCAAUCUGUGCGCACCCGGCUAUUUUGGCGACGCCGUGGAAAAGAAGGAUUGUAGGAACUGUGUGUGCGAUGACUGCGGCAUGGAGCACUGCGAUAGUUACAGUGGGAAAUGUUUUUGUAUGGAGAACGUGAUCGGCGAACGCUGCGAUCGCUGUGCGCCCAAUCAUUAUGGUUUCAGCAGCUGUGAUGGCUGCAAGGCCUGCGACUGCGGACUAGCAUCUGAAAACAGUCAGUGUGAUGAAGAAACGGGCCAGUGCAUAUGUAAACCGGGGGUCACUGGUCGUAGGUGCGAUCAAUGUAUUCAGGGAUAUUGGAACUAUGGAUCAGAAGGAUGCACAUCAUGCGGAUGUCACACUGGCUACUCCGUCGGUGUGUCCUGCAACACUAUGACUGGCCAGUGUACCUGUCUACCUGGUGUAAUUGGCGAAAAAUGCGACCACUGCCCCUAUCGACAUGUACUUAUCCCGACGCAGGGUUGUUUCUCCUGUGGUUCCUGCAUCGGAAAUCUCUUGGAUGUUACUGAUGAACUAGCUGAUUUAUUGGAACCUAUUUCGCGCGAAUACAGUACGGUCGCGGAGGGCUACUUCACAAAUCAACGAUUGAAAUUCAUUAACGACACGGCGAACGAACUCUAUCCCGAAGUGAAAGUACUAAAUCCAAGUAGAGUGAAUCUAUUGCCAUUGCAAGAAAAAUUAGGACAGUUGGAACACGAAAUGUCUAACCGGAAUCGACAGAUUGAAUUUGCCGCUGAAGAUAGUAUUAAGUGGAAGGAUGCUGCAGAAAAGACGUUAAGGGACAUGAACAAUCUUGAAGAGGACGUAGUACGCGAAAUCGAGCUGGUGAAUCAGAUUGUAUCUGAGGUGCAGUCUUUAGCAUUAAAUAUUGAACUGGGAACAAGUGCGAAAGUCGACAGCGCUCUGAACGAAGCAAAGGAGAUUCUGAAGAAAAUUAAGGACGUUUCCUUUAUCAAAUUCCGGGACGAUGCAGUGGACCAAGUGGACCAUGCCAACAUUCUAGUGUCUGAAAUGCAAAAGUACAAUUUUCCUGUGAGUAAUCUAAGUAGCACCGCGGCCAGUCUCAGCGACAAAAUCAGAAAUGCCAGUGUCAAAAUGGACGACCUGAUGGAAAUUGCGCAAAAGGCUCAAGAACUGGCCAGUACGGUAGACAAAUUGAACAAGGAGAAUAGAUUCGCCGCCGAAACUGGCAACUUUGAUGUAGUGAAAAACUCGACGAUAGAAGCAAAAGAAGAUUUGGAAGCGGGGGAUAUGCUUAACAAGAACGCUAGUCAAUAUCUCAUCGAUGCGAAAGCGAAUAUUGGUAUUCUGUUGAUAAACGACAUAACGGAUGCAACUACGCAAUUGAAUACCACCAUUACCGAAAAUGAUUAUAUGCUGAUUGAGUUAGCAGAACCGAUGAAGAAUGCUCACGCUCACGCGGCGUACCUCUACAACCAUUCUCUGGCGCUGGAUGAUUUGCUGACUGACACUCGUAAUACCAAUGCAGUGAGAGCCGUUUCAGCAUACAGAAACAUCGAGACUGCAAUUCAAGCUGCGAAGAACGCUGCGGACGAAGCUAUGAUCGCUGCUGAGAACGCAACAUCAUUGUCCACUGGUAUCGAACAGAAGAUGUUGAAUUCCCAAAACGAGUGUUAUAAACUGUUAAAUUCUGCGCGGCUCACCUUGGACAAAACAAAAGGACAGCCUGAGGACGACUUACGAAGUGCGACGAACAAUGCAGCCCUUAUUGACAAACAGAACAAACGCAAUAAGGAGCUGCUGGAUUAUAUUCAUAAAACACUCACCAAUAUUCCUUCACAAUCAUCCACUGUCGCACAUGACGCUAUGAAUCAGGCGAUGAAUGUUGAGCGCAAUAUACAGAGCGCCAUAAACGAUAUGAACGGCAUCGUAGAUCGGAUUCCGGAAGAUUUGCGGGAAGCGAAGCAGCUGUCGAAGGAUACAUCGGAAUCAUUUCGUGAUAUCUCACAGGCAAAUAAGCAACUUGAUAUCGUGGACAAAGUGGUGCCUAACAUCACCAACCUAUUAAAUAGCUUGAACGACAACCAGAUAUCGAUAAACACUACUGGUAAAGAUUUGCAGAGCAAGAUUGAAGCCCUGAAGAACAAAAUCACAAAUGCCCGGGAACUGGCUGACCGAUUCAGAUAUGGCUUGACCUUCUAUAGAAACACCACUCUAGAGCUCAAGAAUCCGGAAAGUCUAUCGUUGCUGGCCACCUCCACUAAGGUUUCCCUCUACUUUAGAACCAACAAAACAAACGGUUUUCUACUAUACCUUGGCAACGAGGACAAGACGAAUUUACUACGCUCUAAAAUGCAUGAUUUCAUGGCAUUAAUGAUUGAGAGCGGAUAUCCAGUACUUAUAAUCGAUCUGGGAUCCGGAUACGAGAGGAUAAUUCAUAACAAAUUCGUAUCAGAUAAUGUAUGGCGGCAGAUAAUCAUUCACAGGACGGGUAAACACGUGAAGUUGAUAGUUCGCGAGGACAUCGGAGAAGGUCGAGAUAAAUCGUAUGAAAAGGCGCUUGUCUUGACAGGCCCUUAUUAUGUUUUCAAUGUUGACCGGGAACACUCGAAACUUUUUGUGGGCGGUUACCCAUCAUCGUUCCAUAUUCAAGAUGCUGUAACCGCAUCAUCGUUCGAGGGUGAAAUGGAGGAGCUGGUGAUAGGUGAUAUACCGGUGUCCUUCUGGAAUUUUGUUUAUGGCGAGAACAAUCAAAAGAGUGCGCUUGAGCGCGACAAGCUCGUCAACUUCCAACCGAGCACGGGAUAUCGUUUUGAUCGGCACGGCUAUGCAAUUCUUAGCAAAAAAGAUUCACAAAUUAAUCUAGAUCCCAGAAGAUUCAGUAUCAAGUUGAUCUUCAAGACUUUCGCUGAAGACGGGCUGAUUUAUUUGAUGGGCAAAGGCAGGCAAUUCUUGUCGCUGGAAAUGAAGAACGGUCGCCUGUUGUAUCAAUACGAUCUUGGUGAGGGUGCAAUCGCCUUGGAAUCUUUGGACAAGUACAAUGACGGUGACAAGCAUAUUUUGGAGGCUCUCAGACUCGACAGAAGCGGUGUGCUCAAGGUAGACGGCCACAAAGUGGGUAAUAUUGAAGCGGUCGGAACUGCUAGGGCUUUAUCAUCUACAGACCAUAUCUACUUCGGUGGAUAUCCACCCAACGUAAAACAUCCUUACCAGUCAGUCACUAGCAAUGGUUUCGAGGGUUGCAUCGAUAACGUUGUCAUUCUCGAUACUUCGAUCGAUCUCACUCGCAAUGUGCAGGCAUUCGGAGUCAUUCCUGGUUGUCCAGUCAGGUUCGCCAGCCUUGUUUCCUUCGAAAAGAACACGCCCGGCUACGUAAGAUGGCACACAUUUAAGUCAGAUGGCUUGCAAGUAAACCUAAAAUUCAAGACAUCAGCCAACGAUGGAUUGAUCUUCUAUGCGAUCGAUGACGACAAAAGUACGAAUACUGGUUACCUUUCGCUAAUAAAUGGUCGUCUAAUGUUCACUAGCCAAGGCGUGGAAUUAUGGACUAGCCCAUCGGAUGUCAAAUUCAACAAUAAUGACUGGCACGUCGUAAUGGUCACUCAAGAUCAAUUUGGCCUUAGCCUCGAUAUCGAUGACACGAUGAGCUACAAAUCGGAUUUGCCACCACCACUUCUGCACUUCCUCCAUGGCAAUUUGUACAUCGGCGGAUUGCCAUUAAGAUUGGAUUUUGACGGCAAAACUGUGCCUUUCGUUGGUUGUAUCGGCGACGCAACCUUGAACGGCGAGAUCAUUAUCAAUUUCGCCAAUUCAACUGAGAGGCCGCAUGCAUUCCUGGGGAAAUGCAAAGAUGGAGAUCAGAUACCUCUGCCACCAAUCGUUGAAUCUGAACUUCCAACGGAAGGUUGGUUACUACCAACGGAAGGUUGGUUACUACCAACGGAAGAACCAGUAGAGUUAUCGACUCAGAUCAGCAUAGUAGAUAUCGACAUAGAGAAAGAUGACGAUGAAGAAGAACCUUACCUGGAAGGCCGAACUAACGUUGAAAAAGUUGAUUCAAUUACCACGUCUACCACGCAGAUGCCAACCGAGCCUAAUAUUCAAAUGGAUGACGAAUGUCACUUGCCAUACUAUCCAGCUGCGGAUCCUGAUCUGGAGAGUGCGGUUUGGCGAUUCGGUAUUUUCAGGAAUAGCAGAUUGCAAUAUAAAACGUUAAACGAAAGAUUCAAGAAUAGUUACAACUUCCGGAUCAACAUAAAGACAAUGGUUGACGAAGGAAUUAUAUUCUAUAGCUCCAAUCUCAACCAACAGGAUGACCCAGACUUUGUUGCCGUGUACGUGCUUGGUGGAAAGGUUCACUACAAAUUCGAUUGUGGAAGCGGAAUGAUGUCGCUGGCGAACGACAAAAAAAUUAAUGACAAUCAAUGGCACGUGGUAACCUUCACGAGGGAUGGUAAAUACGGUCAAUUAAUAGUGGAUGAAGACGAAGUUGAGGGAUAUUCUGAAGGAAAUUCUACUACUAUCGACGUGAAUCCGCCAUUCUUCGUUGGCGGAGUUUUGCCACAAAUGUCCGGCACCGCACACAUGAAUAUUGGCCUCAAUAAAACGUUCAACGGCUGCCUAGGAAACUUCAUGGUAAACGGACAGGUCGUAGAACCGUCACAGAAAGUAGACGUAAUGUCUUGUUCACAAAGAGUUGAACCAGGUCUCUUCUUUUACCCAGGAAACGGCAGUAACUUAUACAAAGCAGCUGAUCGAUUCAACGCAGAUCGCGGCUUCGACAUUCAACUGGAUAUAAAACCACGUUCAACAUCCGGGCAUCUGCUGUCAGUGCACGGUAAAAGAGACUUUAUUGUCUUAGAGAUGUUCAACGGCACUGUCAAAUUCCUCGUGAAAACGCAGAAAGGCUCGAUCGAGACCUCGUUCGUACCAACGAAACCGAACUCCCUGUGCGACGGCCACUGGCAUAAUAUUCGAGCCAGCAAACGUAAGAACGCAAUGUUGCUGUCAGUCGAUCACAAAGCUGCGCCACCCGCAAUCGUCGGCGGUAGAAACAUAGUCAGGGUUUUAUCGAAACAUCCGGUAUUUAUUGGCGGCCACCCGGCUCUGGGAAAAGGACUACGAGGUAGCACCUCACAGGCACAAUAUAUCGGCUGCAUCUCCAACAUUAUAAUUAAUUUGCAUAGUAUCAAAAUUACACCCGAGCGAGCUUACGGUCGAGUUCUCGCUGGUAUGUGUCCAACCAUUUAAAACACAAUAAUUCUUAAACAAGUUAUGCAAAUCUUACUCGAAAAUCUGAUUUUAUUGACUUUUCUGUUUUAAAAUAUUACAUUUAUUAACCUGCCACAAAUUAUUGCCAUAAACUGAAAACUGAAAAUAAGAAAUAAACGCAUAACGAGCGAAAGACUGAACUUGUAAAUUCGUCUGGUUCUCUUUUGAGAAGAUACACUUCCUCAUUUUAAUUAGUGACUGAAAAAAUUACUUGUACUGGAUGAAACAAAGAAAUUAUUUUUUAACCAAAGAUACAUCUUAAGACUCCUGGUUCGAUUUUAGUCGAUUAUUUUGAUUAGUGACGUCAGAAGUGAGAAAAUAUACACAAGAUUCUUUUACUUUAGAAUAUGUUGAAAUAAAAAAUGUCUAUGAAAUAAUACUUGCGAUCGAUUAAACAUAUCUAUAAAAUUCUCGGGAAACUUACUUUCGCAUUAAUAAUCAAUAAAUAACCGUAAAAUUAACGUGACUUUGAACAAUCUUUUAACUAUGUGAUUUUAUGGCUAUUUAUUGAUAAUUGAGGCGACAGGUAAAUUUUUAAAAUAUCUUUGAAAUUUGGACAAUUGACCACAAAUCUUAUUUGAUUUCAAUAUAUUUUGCAAAAAUUUUUAUUUAUUUUUUUGCUUUUGACAUCAUCAAUUAAAAUAUCCGCGACAAUUAUGUGACUCCAAAGCUUUAAUAAAAUAUAUAAAUUAUGAAA